AAUAUUCAUAACACAUUUCGUGCUAUAUGUCCCAUUAUAUAUAGGGACUUUUAGUUACCAUUAUUUUGUCAUCGUUUUCUAAACAAUCAUUAAAGUGAAGUCUUGUUCUAUCGGUCAAAUAGUAGCCGUAAAAGUGAUUCUAGCACUAGAGAAAAGCAUUUCCAGAUAGAAAAUUUUGCCAUCUCCCGAACUACACUCGGAAGAUACAUACACGGAAUACUUCUGGCAGUUUACGAGUCAUGCGCAUUGUGUAUUAACUAGAAUACUGAGGCAUAUGCUUAUAUCGAGGGCCUGCCCGGUAGUCAACAGAGCGCUUUACCAAUAAUUCAUUACCAUGGAAAUGUUACUACGUACACAGUUAGUUCAAUAGACUGAUUUAUGGUAGCGAGCAACCGAGUACGUGGAUCUAUUUGCAAUUCUUGAACAAUCAACCUCUGUGUGGAUCAAGAUGUUACCAGCCUAUCCUCGGAUGAUAUUUAACAUAUUCAACUUAUUCUACCUUCUAACGAGGCCUCUAUUGAAGUGGCUCCUACAUCGUUUCACAAGCUUGUGUGAAUUACAACGGAUUUGUUAUGGAUGUGCGCCAGGAGCUGUACGAACCAAAAAGGUUCAGACGUCGUUAGAACUCUCUAGACGACCGAAGAUCAAGCAAAUGAUUGUGAUUCUAAACGAGCUGGUCAACCGAGAUGUUGAUGAAUACUUCUUGUUUGAAGAAAUUCAUAACCGAGCUGUUGGAACGGUUCUUCAAGUAAAGAAAAUAAAUCCCAAGGUACACGUUGAUUUCCCGAGGACAUUUGGUGUUUGUGCUGAAAAGAUUUGGAGCUACAAAAGGUUGUUUUGCUUGGUGGAACAGUUGAGAAGCACACAGUACGAUAGUGAGAAUCCUGAGCACGAACAAAAAUUGCUAACUCUGUGGAAGCUACUGAUGGCAGAAGAUGAGCAACUGGAGAAUAGAAUUUCCAAUCAGUGGCAAAACAUUGGAUUUCAGGGAGACGAUCCAAAAACUGACUUCCGUGGUAUGGGCAUUCUCGGUUUGGACAACCUAGUAUUUUUCGCCCGUGAGUACAACGGAGCUGCUCGACAUCUUCUGUCCCACUCUCACCAUCCAACGCAUGGCUACUUUCUGGCUAUCGUUGGUAUCAACCUCACAUCCAUGGCUUAUCACCUUCUGAAAUCAGGCCUGGCGCGAACCCAUUUUUACAAUCAGCCUAGAUUAUCAAUUGAAUCGUUUCACCACUUUUAUUGUUAUUUGUUUUUCGAAUUCGACCGCUACUGGGUAGAAUGUAAGCCAAAAAGCAUUAUGGACUUUAGCUGGAUACAGAAGAAGUUUGAGGAAAACAUCCGUAAGCUGCUAGCCAGUGAUAGUUGCAGCUUUAAAAUGAACCUGUUGAUAGAAAAUAUAUAAAAGAACUAAGGAAGCAGUGCAAUUUUGUGAACCGUUUACUGGGCUUUAGUUUAGUAAUAUCGAAUUAGAGAUUUUAUGUGAAAACAUAGUUGUGUGAUUUAGUUGGUAUUCUAGCAAAUGCUUGCCUUAACAGUUGAUAAUAAAAGAAAAUGGCAAA